ACCGGGCGCAAGAUGGCCGCGUUCCCCUGGCAUGCAAGAUCAAGGAACUAUGUGUCAGAAUCUGAAGUGUGCAAGCUGGAAUCUGUACCCUUGGAUUUUGGUGAUUACCAUCCACUGAAACCCAUUACAGUUACUGAAUCCAAGACGAAGAAGAUGAACAGGAAGGGAAGUACUUCUUCCACCUCCUCCUCUUCCUCCAGUUCCGUGAUGGACCCGCUGAGCAGUGUGUUGGAUGGCACAGACCCCCUGUCGUUGUUUGCAGCAGCUGCAGAUCCUGUGACUGCUGCUCCUCCCACGGAUGGUGCCCGAAGGAAACGGGAUAAAGAUGAGAGCUCAGCAGUGGGAAGUGACUUUGAACCAUGGUCAAGCAAACGUGGUGAAAUCCUUGCUAGAUACACAACAACAGAGAAGCUUUCUAUUAAUCUGUACAUGGGAUCUGAAAAAGGAAAAGCCACAACUACUGGUUCAGCAGUUUCUGAAAAAGUGAGGACAAGGUUAGAAGAACUGGAUGAUCUGGAAGAGGGAUCACAGAAAGAGCUGUUGAAUUUGACUCAGCAGGAUUACAUGAACAGAAUUGAAGAGCUGAACCAGUCUUUAAAGGAUGCAUGGUCCUCUGAUCAGAAAGUAAAAGCUCUGAAAAUAGUCAUCCAGUGUUCUAAGCUUCUUUCAGACACAACAGUAAUCCAGUUUUAUCCAAGCAAAUUUGUUUUAAUUACAGAUAUCCUUGAUACUUUUGGCAAACUGGUGUAUGAAAGAAUUCUGUCAAUGUGUGUGGAUAACAGAGUCUCUCUGCCAGAUAACUUUUCUCCAGAGAGUGUUAACGAUACAGCUAAAGAAACUUGUUUAAACUGGUUUUUCAAGAUUGCUUCAAUCAGAGAACUCAUUCCCAGAUUUUACGUGGAAGCAGCAAUACUGAAGUGCAAUAAGUUCCUGUCCAAAACGGGCAUUUCGGAAUGUCUCCCACGGUUAACAGCUAUGAUUAGAGGAAUUGGAGAUCCACUGGUUGCAGUCUAUGCCAGAGCAUACCUUUGCAGGGUUGGGAUGGAAGUGGCACCACAACUCAAAGAAAGCCUGAAUAAAAACUUUUUUGACUUUCUCCUAACAUUUAAACAAAUCCAUGGGGAUACAGUUCAGAACCAGCUGGUGGUGCAGUGUGUGGAGAUCCCUUUGUAUUUGACCCUAUAUUCUCCUGCUAUAGACUGGAUUUUACAGUGUAUUGCAUACCAUGCUCCAGAUGUUCUGCUUACUGAGAUGAUGGAGAGAUGCAAAAAGUUGGGGAACAAUGCUUUGCUGCUGAAUUCAGUCAUGUCGGCGUUCAGAGCAGAGUUUAUUGCUGCAAGAUCAAUGGACUUCAUUGGCAUGAUUAAAGAGUGUGAUGAGUCUGGAUUCCCAAAGCAUCUCCUCUUUCGCUCCCUGGGAUUAAACUUGGCAUUGGCUGAUCCUCCUGAAAAUGAUCGCCUUCAAAUAUUAAACGAAGCCUGGAAGGUUAUAACAAAGCUGAAGAACCCACAGGAUUAUAUCAACUGUGCUGAAGUGUGGGUGGAGUAUACCUGCAGACAUUUUACGAAGCGAGAGGUCAAUACGGUUCUGGCUGAUGUUAUCAAACACAUGACUCCUGAUCGAGCAUUUGAAGAUGCUUACCCACAGCUGCAGUCAAUUAUUCAGAAAGUUAUUACCUAUAUCUAUGACUUUGCUCUGCUUUUUUCAGUGGAGAAAUUCUUGCCUUUUCUGGAUAUGUUCCAGAAGGAAAGUGUGAGAGUGGAGGUUUGCAAGUGCAUUAUGGAGUCUUUUAUUAAGCAUCAGCAGGAGCCAACGAAGGAUCCUGUUAUACUCAACGCUCUCCUGCACGUCUGCAAGACCAUGCACGAUUCUGUGAAUGCACUAACACUUGAGGAUGAGAAAAGAAUGUUAGCAACUCUGAUAAAUGGAUUCAUAAAAAUGGUUUCAUUUGGCCGUGACUUUGAGCAACAGCUGAGUUUCUAUGUUGAAGCCAGAUCAAUGUUUUGCAAUCUGGAGCCUGUUCUAGUCCAGCUGAUUCAUUCUGUGAAUCAGCUAGCAAUGGAAACCAGAAGGGUGAUGAAAGGAAAUCAUUCCAGAAAGACUGCUGCAUUUGUCAGGGCUUGUGUGGCCUUCUGCUUCAUUACAAUUCCAUCUCUGAGCAGUAUCUUCACACGUCUCAAUCUGUAUCUACACUCUGGACAGGUUGCUCUGGCAAAUCAGUGCCUUUCACAAGCUGAUGCUUUUUUCAAAGCUGCAGUGAGCCUUGUUCCUGAAGUGCCAAAAACGAUCAGUGUAGAUGGAAAGAUGCGACCUUCUGAUGCCUUCCUCCUGGAAUUCCUGUGUAAUUUCUUUUCCACAUUAUUAGUUGUUCCGGACCACCCAGAGCAAGGAGUGUUGUUCCUUGUGCGAGGAUUACUGAAUGUGAUCCAGGAUUACACCUGGGAGGAUAACAGUGAUGACAAAGUCAGGAUUUAUACUAAUGUUUUGCAUCUGCUGUCUGCAAUGACUCAAGAAGCAUUUAUCUACCAUGUAGAUAAAGUUGAUUCCAAUGAUACUCUGUAUGGUGGAGACUCCAAGUUCCUGGCUGAACUUAAUAAACUGAGUGAGACAGUGGUGUCACAGAUCCUGGAUCACCUGAAAACCCUGGGAAAGGAGGAGACCCUGAAGAGGCAGAGCCAGCUGGCACUCUAUUUCUUCAACACCAUCCUGGCUCAUGGGGACCUACGAAACAACAGACUGAACCAGCUUUCAGUCAAUCUCUGGAAUCUUGCUCAGAAGCAUGGCUUUGCUGACACCAAGACUAUGGUGAAAACCCUAGAAUACAUCAAGAGGAAGAGCAAUCAGCCUGAAAUGAGUCAUUUCACAGACUUGGCCCUCCGGCUUCCUCUGCAGUCCAGGACCUGAGGAGUGCCUCUUCCAAGGAGCCACCUGCACAAGGGAGCACGGAACCAAGGCCAAAAGUCACUGAUCUACACUCUCCCUGCAGGAGUGCAGUGUAUUGUUACUUUCCUUAGAGAGGCACAUUUACUUGGGCACAGCAAAGGUAAAACUGUUCUGAGUGCAAUAAUUUAACCUGAGUUUCUGUAUCCAGUUUUACCAUAGCAUUGUUAUUUUAAAUGCUGAUUUACAUUCAGUAAACAGUUAUCUUGAACCUCAUGGUUGCAAAAGCCUUUUGAGAUCUGUUGUAAUUUUAACAAAAAAGGAAGAUAAUCUGUACAAAUGAGUUCACAGCCUUAAAACUUCAUCCCUCUUGCAGAAUAGUCAUUCUCCUCUGCAGAAAGCAGCAUUUCAGUGUAACAGACUUAAGUUAUCUGUCUGCUUUGGGAUGCUGCCAGCAUUUGCCUGGCUGGUUCCAGUAGCAAAGAAAAAUGGCUGAGGUGUUGCUGUUUUAAUUUCUACAAUACAUUUACACAGACAUGUUUAUGUUUUCAUUUUAGUCCAGUGGUGUUUUGUAAAAUAGAAGGAAUCUUUAAGUGUUACAAAGGAAAAUGGAAAUUAUGCAAAGUCCUCUAUAUUUGCAAAGUACCUAUCACUGAAUAAAACAAUUUGCAGUUCA